AUAAUGGCAUAUGAUUAAAUAUCUUUUUUUUCUAUAAGUUGAAGAUUCCUAGAAAUCCCAAUUGUAUAUAAAUGCCUGUAUUUAUAUAAUUUCAACAUGGGGAAAAUAGUGGCAGAAUACAAAAUGGUUAUAUAAAUAGGGUAACAGCCAGUGCAGUAUGAUAUAAUCUGAGAAGUACCAUGUCAUUUUUUUCUGCAUGACUUUCAAGCACAUUGAAGUGGUACUCGGGUUGUAUUCAUAACGCUCCGUGAUUUAAGUCAAGAUUGAAACGUGGGUGUCAGACAUAAUGUGCUAUCAAUAUUAAAGGUUGGACACUUUCCAUAAAAUUUGAUCAUCGUUUAGUGAUUUCAUAGAGAGAACAGACAAUUACCAGCAAUUAAAAUUAUAAUUUUUUAAUAGCCAGUGGGACCGCGCUUGAUGCUUGAUAUUAAAUUGCCUGUCAGGACGGGUCAUUGCAAACAUAAUAAAUUUGUCUCGUUAAGAUGUAGUAAAUUAUGCCUGCUGUUGGAGCAAUAUGGAAAAGGACAUGAAUAAGUAUGAACAGAUUAAUCAUCAAACUAUAAAUACAAAUAAAUACAAAUAAGCACGUAACAUUACAAAGGUUUAUUGAUUUUAUUUAUCAGCUUUGCUAACUGAAUGCAUAUUUAGACCACCUUUUUACAUGUCUGAUUUAGCAACUGUAUUUGCAUUUCUGUUCAGCCGACGUUGCUUUCACGGCAGCUGAUGACCUUAAGUGGGGGUAAAAAGAGGCAAUUGAAUUCCAGGAGAAAUGACUCACUGAGAAACGUAGCGGGACCGCAGAAUAAAGGGCUCUUUGGGAAAUGGAGCGGUAGCCAGUGGCUGUGCUUGUGCUUUGAUAGCGUGCGAUGCCCGACUGCGCUGAGGGAUUUUAACGAGUCGAUGCGUGGGCGUAGAUAGAUGGGCUUUGUCACGGCACUGGACAUAUCAGCCUCCGAAUAAGACAGUGACCAAUCGAGGCUCGUGGCGUGAGCAGAACGACUGCCAUCCCGCUAAACUACCCUCUGACUCUAAUGACAACAAGCCUCACAGAGGUCCCCAGAUACACGAAGACACAGUGCACUGCUGUCGAAGUCCUGUGUGAGUCACCACCUGGGGCAGCCGCUUAGAGAUGUUCUGAAUGUAGAAAAAAAAAUAACACACUGGAGCAGAAACGAUCCUAGCAUAGAGAAUAUAACUUCAGUUCUGGAGUGUGAGUCUGCGUGUUGGUUUCUGUUCCAACCAAUUAGUGCACCUUACUUUCAGUUUUCUGACAGCUCUAUAAACUAUGCUGGUUCACUCCUGUACCUGAGCACGGUAAAAUCUUCAGGAUGCGCUUGCAGUGUGUGGCUGUAGCUGGUUUUUAUACACAAGUCAGAGGAAGAUAUGACUAAGCCAUUUAAUAAUUCAGAGCAGAAGAAGGCACAAAAUCCCAAAACGAUUGGCCCUUGUUGUGCAUCUCUGGCCUGGUAACUGGCCACAGCACAGUUGGGAGACCAUGCAGGGCAGACAGAAAUCAUUAACUGAGAUGUUUGAAGAGCCACUGUUCCAGCCUGGGAGACACAGGCAGAGGGAGGCAGGUCUGAACUGUGGGGGUGCACUAGUCCUUUCUGUUAUUAAUACCAUCUAACAAAUGUGUACACCCAUGUACACACACAAACACACACACACACGCACACACAUACACACACACACACGCAUGCACUCACACACAUAUACACAUACACACAUGCACACACAUACACACACACACACACGCAUGCACUCACACACAUAUACACAUACACACAUGCACACACAUACACACACACACACACACACACACACACACACGGAUACAUACAGUACACACACCUGAGCAGGCAUGCGACGGGCAGAGCCUGGCGUGUGGCCCACCGAGGCACAGAGACGAGAGGAGAAGCGGGCACAGGCCAGACUGGCAGGAGGGCUACGGCAGCUGGACGAGGCACGACUCUACCAACUGAAAACCCUCACAAGAGAGCAGUGGAGGGUACACCGGGACCUGGGAGCCAGCAGGGCAAGUAACCCCUGGAGGAACGCCAGCGAGAGCCUGGGGUCCAGACCUCGGGACCAAGAUCUCAAUCGGCCGAGCCUGUCCUACUGGAGAACCCCCUUACCCACAAUUCCACAAGCUGGCAGAGGGCCUGAAAAACACAGGUCUCAGAAGCCGAAAUCCGGGAGUGUGGGUGGCUCCUCGGCUGGCCUGCAGGCCCGGGUUCGGGAGUUCAUGGGUGGAGGAGUGGAGGGCUCCGGGGCACCCCUCUGCCUGCCAGACCUCAAAGCGCAAACCGUCACCAGGCCAAACGCCGCCGCCGCUGCACAGGGGGAGAACGAGGGGGAGGCGGAGAAGAAGAGGGAAAAGGAGAGGGGGAAGCCGAAUUGGGACGGAGAGAGACGUUCUCCUUCUCCGCCUCCCGCCGCCGAGACCCUGGCUCCGGAGGGCCGCCUGAGAACCGUGCACACCCUGCCGAGCUUCUCCCAGGCCCUGGCCGAGGCGCGGAAGGCCCGCUACAUCAGGCACCGCGGCCGUCCGCUCUGCGAGAGGGAGCUGUCGGUGGGCGAGAUAUUCGCCAGGGCCACCAAAGAUGCCCAGACACACUGAUCCGCCCAUCUAGCCUUCUCCAGCUCUGCUACUGAUUACUCUCUCCUGACCCACUGACCUGCCAAUCAUGCAAUUUACUCCACUUUGACGCCUAUCCCUCCAUAUUGGAGUGCCAGCUUGAUGAGAUGUUUUUAUGAUUUUUUUUUUCUCUAAAGCAUACACACUGUCAGCUAUUCCCGUCUCACUGUAAAUCACCUUUGUCACCCACCCAUGAUACAGUUUUGAAAUAUUCAAGGCAUAUGGACUGCUUUCUUCCCUGAGGAACAUUUUAAUGAUUUCUAUGAUAUGAAUGUAUUAAUUAAUGUUUUAUAAGGAAUGAAUAAAAUAUUCACAGUAAAGUGCA